AUUUCUUAUUUCAUAGUGUUCCAUGGUUUUCAUUUGUUUUGUCUAAAUGUUUUUCAUCGAGCAAAAUAUUUAAUCUUCUAUAAAGUCAAAAUUUUUUCAGCUGAUCCGUUUUAUUGCACGAAAAACCAAUAUUACGAGUAAUGAACACGUAUUGGAUUUGUUCCGAAUUUAUUCGCUAGGAUUCAUUGUCAUCACUUUCACUUUUUACGAUUUGCUGUAAUAGUGGUUGUAGCGUGCACCGAGGCGCAAUCGCCAUGGAUGACACCAUGUCGACCCUAACGAAAAUGACCCGCACGGUUAAGAAACUGGAGGUGCCCAGACCCCUGAAAUCAACGACUAGUUCAGCACACAACCGCAACUCUGUUUUGGACGUCAAAAUAAAUUCUGUCGAUGACCUGAUUGUGUUGGCAGAGGCGGUUGCCUAUCAAAUGAUGCAGGGGAACUACGACCGCGCGCUCCAGAGCAACGUGGCCACUAUGUACUCUAAUCUGAAGCUAUAUGGCGCACAGCUUGAAGUGCUCUAUAAGGAUUUUCUGGAUAGGUACUUUGUGGUGUUCAGGAAUGGUUCGCAGGACGAACGGCUCGAUAAGAAGACGAGACUUCAUCUCUUGGAGUUGAUCGAGUUGCGAGCCAAACUGUGGCAGGGAUCGGAUUACAUGAGUCAAUACUACAGGCACCGUGGUACACAUGCUGAGCCGCUGCUGGUGCCGACGAUGGAGGGUUCCGGGGCGGGCGGCUCGGUGUCCCCCACGCUGGCUGCGCCCGCCGAGCCGCCCGCGCUGCUCGCGCCCGGGGAGGUCAUCAAGCCCUCGGGCAAGUUCCCCAAGCCCACCAAGAUCCCCGGCAAGAACUACUCCAAGGACGAAGUCGUCAUUAGAAAUGCUGACUCCGGAAAAGUGAUGGGUAUCAAGGGCAGGAGGGUGCACAUGAUCGAGGAGCUAAGUGAUACGAUUAUAUCGUUUCAGCGAGUGAGCCCCGGAGCUAAGGAGCGUCUCGUGCAAAUCACUGGCCCCAAUGAGGAAAAUGUCAACCACGCGAAGCACCUGAUCGGCGACACGAUCCGCCGCAACGCGUCGCCCGUGCGGCUCGAGGGCGCGGAGGGCGGCGGCCGCGGCUCGCGCGCCUCGCUCGACUCCGCCGGCUCCGACGAGCCGCCGCGACACGAGAAAUCCCCUCACAACUCCAGAGCUCUGCUUCAUAGUUUUUCUACGAAUGAUGCUGCAUUAGGAGAAUAUAAGUAUACUGUGACUUUCGGACCACAUUCCAUUAAGAUCACGGGCAACAAUUUGGAUCUUGUUAAGACGGCGAAGCUAGUGCUGGACGAGUACUUCGAGAGCGCGGGCGCGCUGGAGGCGCUGGGCGCGGGGUCGGGAGACUUCUUCACGCUGUCGCAGCGGCCCGGCGCCGCGCUGCUGCUGCGCGACGACACCGCGCUCAACGGCACCGACGACGACGUGUUCGCGCCCUCCGACCACGCUGGUGGCGGCUCGCGGCAGUGCUACACGUACGAGACGCUGCUGCAGUACGCCGACUCGCCGCUCAGCAAGCUGCCGCCCGCCGGCCUGGCCGGCUUCCCGCAGGAGCUGGCGCGCAAGAGCUGCCUGGAGUUCGACAGCGCCGGGUACCUGCGCAAGGCGCGGCAGGCGGCGACCACGAGCGUGGCGGCGGAGGACGCGGCUGACUCGCCCGAGCCCGAGUAACGCGCGCGCUAGCACUCGCACCACUCGCGCCGCUCGGCCCGCUCGCACCACUCGUCCCGCUCGCACCACUCGUCCCUCGCACGUCGCCCGUGUCGGCUGCCGAGUGCCGCGCACCGGUGCCCUUUGUGUUUACGAGUAUGCUAGAUGAAGGAGUGAGCGAGGAGGUAGAAAUUCUUGUACGUUCUCGUUUCGUUAGCCGUCCGUCAUGUCAAUGCUCUUGUGUGACGAGCUUCACUCUUAACACUGUCAUGUGGACUAUUUUAAAAGUAUUAGCGCACCAAAAUAUUUAUUUUUGUUAGUGGUACCACCACUUAUUGUAUGGUAUACCUCAUUUAUUUCUGUAAAUUAGCUGUGGAUCUGAUUAUAAAAUUGUGAUAACACUAUCAGACGUGCAUGCUAAAUUAUUGUCUCUUAUCAUUGUAAAUUGAGCGGAGUCCACAGUUUAUAUUGAUCUCCCUUGAGCUGUCGCUUUAAAAUCUAUAAGACACGUAAGCAAUGAUAUAACGGAGCCAAACCGCAUUCUUGAAACUGAACUCUUCUUGACGUCCAUUAUUCAAGUAAAUAAUUGUGUUGUAUAUAUUGACUCUGUUAGUAUCGGAAGUCAUACGAGUGAUUCCAUUUAUUUUAAGAAGAAUGCAUGCAUUUCUUUCGUGUGUUUGUAUACUCAUUUUCAAAUUUUCUAGUGUCUAGUCCUGACUAGUAGAUUUGUCGAUUCUCACUAUAUUAUAAGCUUUAUAUUGAGAGUAGGCCUGUCAAUCAACAUUUCAUUAUACUAUGGCAGUUGAAAUGUAGUGAGUAUAAAUUUAUACAUUUAUUUUUUGUUAUUUAUGUUUGUUGUAUUAUUAUUAUUAGAGCUUUUAAAAGGACACGCUGUGCACUAAACCAAAUAAUUGUUGUGAUUCCUAAAAAUAUAUCGUUUAAUGUGGUAGCUGGAGUGAUUGGCAGGCUUUCUUGCGUAUUCAUAUAUAUAUUCACUUGUAGGUUAGCAAUAUCACAUUAACCUAAACAGAAAAAUAUAUUCUUUUGUUCUUUAGUAUAAUGUUAAAUUCACAGUCUGAAUAUCAGGCGUAAUCAUUAGUUUGUUGUGUUGCCACUCGUCAAUCUCGUUUUUAUAAAUUGUAUUAUUUUUUAGUUUUAUUACCAGUGGGUAAGGGUGCACUUAAAGAGAAAAGUUUUGGAAUUAUAUAAUAUAUGCACCAUAUAAAUUAAUGAUCCUAUUGAAUGGGAUUCAAGAGUGGUAUACGUACGUUUCACGUACUAAAUAGUUGGAAAUAUAAUAAAAAUAACAUACUAAAUUGGUGCUUACUGUCUGGGAAGUAUUAUCGUUGAAUUUAUAAUAAAGGUUUAUGUUUACACAUUUGUUUUUAUGUAAGGCAGGCUAUAAUAUUAUGAAAAUUGAUGAUAUACUAAAUUUUCUAAUA